AUGCCUCGUCGACCCCUCGCAGACACGCCUCCAGCCGUCUUCGAGCGCGAGCCUGCGUGCCCCGUCCACCUCCGCGCCCGCCCGCCGCACAGCGUCCGCGGCCUCGCGGCCUCUGCCCGCGCCCAGGAGCCAGCGCGCCCACGCGAGCGCCGCCUCCGCCGGGUCGCGCCGGCCCCACGCGAAGUGGACCUCCCGGAGGAGCUCCUCGGACACGCUGCCGUCGGCGCGCGAGGCCUCGCCGUCGAAGAACGCGCGGAGCGCGUCGGCACCGAGGAGGUGCGCCGCGGCGAGCCGCCGGAAGUGCGCGAGGCGCGCCGCGGACGCGGGCAGCGCGCUGAGAGCGGCGGCGCAGCGCACGAGGAGGCUGUCGUGCACGGCGCGGAAGGAGGGUGCGUCGCGCAUGCGCAUGCUCUCGCUGAGCCGCUCCUGUGGCCGGGCGGCGCGUGUGAGCAGGGGAUGUUUAUACACGUUUGUGAGCGGGAUGGCGCACCUCGAGCGUUUUGA